GUGUACAAAAAACAUACAUGAACGCUGAAAACAUGCCAAAUUCACAUUGAAAUCGUGUAAAAAGUACUAUUUGAAUGGUGAAAUAAAACAAUAAGUAACUGUUAUAAUUCUUCUCCACCCCGCGUCAUGUUUCAAGAACAUUCUAACCAUACACAUUGUUCAGGGGUUCAAAACCUCCAUCGUUUUACGAACCUUCCAGUAGCAAAGCGCAGGCGUACUCUUGCUGCUUUUACCGAGCUUUUCUAUCGAUCACUCUAUUCAAUUCUAUACAUUGCUAGUUUGGUUCAUGCAGCUACGAAGGCGAAUAGGUCAGAGCGGGUAAACGAACGCACUGCUGAGUUUACGCUCGUGCGCGUAUCGAGAAUUCUCUCGACUGUUCUCAAGCAUUCAUGAGUCGCGCUCGGCGGGCCCACUGCAACUGGUCGCUCUAUAAAAGCGUUUGGGCGCCGUCGACCGGCACAGUAUAAAACGAGAAAUCAAACAGUGAUAUUGUUCGCAUCAGUAUUAUCGCGUGUUACACGCAACCAAGUGAAGUUUAGUGUUUAUCUGUGAUACGUACUUACAGUGAUAGAUUUAAGUCAUGGAAUCUCCUGUUGUAGUUGAUAAGCCACCGGAAUACCACGGGAACACGAACGAGCGCGGUUUCCCGUUUGAUGAGGAGGAAGGGUCGGGCGCGUGGAGCGAGCUCGCGGCGCGGCAUCCGGACAUAGCGGCGCGCCUGCGCCAGCGACCCGCCACCUGGGCCAACAAGCGGCGCCCCUCCAGCCAAGACGCCACUGACGAUUUCGGCGACAACUUCAGCGGCUUCGACAGAUUCCCCUUCGACGACAUCCCGCCAGAGUUCAGAGAACACUUUCCGUCACACUGGAACCGCAGGUUCGCUCCCCGUGACGAGCCACAGACUCAGCCAGCGCCGGAAAGGCCACAACCCCAAACCCAACAGCAGCCACAACAACAGCAAUCGUCGCCGAACCAACAGACCACAUCCACUCAGACUGAACAAGACCCCGGACCCUCGACACAGACGCACCUUCCACAGUACGGCCUAAGAAACACGGUCGAUCUCGGCCAAAAGAGCCCAGCCGACCCCAGUUUAGUCGAUGCAGACGACAGGAACCAGAGGUCUAUGUCAGCGCCCCCCGACGGUUGUACACCUAACCAAAGCCACGCGCCCAACAUGAGUGCACAGAACCACCAGGAUCAACACCAGGGGCAUCAGCCCCAACACUCCGACCACCAGCAGUCGAACGUCCGCCACAUACCGAUAUUCGUCGAAGGUCGCGACGAGCCCGUGAUCAAUAAGAACGUGGACCACGGUACCCACUACGGCGAGUCCAAACCCCAGUAUGCGCCUCCCCCGCAGCCGCAGCAGCCUCAGCCGCACAUCGAACGAGAACAGUACUUCCCGGACGACGGACCAGUUUUCCAUCCGCCGCCGAAUUUCUCCAGGGCGUUCGGAACGCCCUUCAACAAAGGCUUCAGACAGGGCCCGCAGCCCUUCCAGCAGCAGAAAGUUUACCCGCAAACGGCGUUCACGCGGGGCGCGUCGCCGCAGAGAUCUCAAUCGCCCAAGCCUCAGAUGCACCCGGAGGAGCACUUCGUGAAAGUUCCUGUACACCACGAGCACGCGGCGCCCAAGCCCGAGCCCCAGCCCCGCCCUCAGCCCAAACAGCAGCCGUCGCCGCCCCAACACUCGCAGCCGCCCCAACAGGCCCCGCCCAAGCAGCAGACCCCGCCGCCCCAACCCAAACCGCAGCCCUCCCCCAACGAUCCCAUCACGCUGAUCCUCAGCAUCCAGACUGACGUUCUGAACCUCAUGACCGACGUCGAAAACUUUACCGGCUCCAAAAAAGACAAGAGGUAUCUGUUUUUGGACGAGAUGCUGACGAGGAAUCUCAUCAAACUAGACAAUAUCGAAACGGACGGCAAGGAAAACAUCAGGCAGGCGAGGAAGGAAGCGAUCAAAUGUAUCCAGAAGUGCAUAGCGGUGUUGGAAGCCAAAGCGGAGAAGGGGGGAAGCGCGCCGCAGCCUCAAGAUGUCGAAAUGAAUGAGGGCGCGGCCGCGGCGACGGAAGAGAAGGCCACCGAAAACGGGGUCGAGGUGGAGAUGAAAGAUGCGCCCAAGGAAGAAAAAGUUGAGGAGCCUCAAGCUGCCAAGCGAGAGCCCGCUCCUCAGGAGGAAACUCCUAAAGCGGCCGAGCCGGAAACUAAAGUAGCGGCAGCCGAACCUCAAGCGGCCGACACGCGGCCCGAGGAAACGAAACCGUCCGAAACUACUCCAGAGGAGAAGAAGAACGAGGAGGUCGCGGAUAAGAAGGCGACUCCUAAGAAAGGUACGAAAAAUGUAAAGAAACGGGACAAGAGCAAAGAUAGCAAAAAGGAAACUAAAGAUAGCAAUAAAGAACAGUCUGCCGAGGAGCAGAAGUCCGAAGCGAAGGCGGAAGGGAUGCAAAUAGACGAUAAAGGCGACAAAACUGAGACGCAAACUAUGGACGUGGACGGUGCUGCUAGUCAAUAAAUUUAGCUUUGCCUUAGAGAGAUUAUAGAUACACCUUAUUCGAUGCACGGGCUCUGCCUCCCUUCCUCUUCGUGUUAAUGAAUUUGUGUAUGAAUAACACAGUGUUGACAUGUAUAGUGUUUGUUUGUACAAUUUAUGUUUUUAAUAUUAAAACGAGAUGUGUAAAGGAGUUUGUUGUCCUUUAGGAUUCGAAACGAACUGUGUUUGAAUCCUAAUAUUUAAUUUAAUUUAUUGUUUAUCAUUAAUUGAUAACAACAUUUAAAUAAUAAAUAUAAGUUCACAA